GCUUUGCCCCAGGAGUAGAAUUUCGCUUCAAGCAGCGACCUCUUCGUGCCUGCGGAUCCCAGGGCCACAGGCUGAACUGCAGAAUGCCACCAUCCACGCCAGGGGCCCGAGAGACAGUGCGUAGGCUGAGACCUCAGAAUCUCGUGUCUCCUCCGCUCACCCGAGGAGUUAAUGUUUUCAGCCCCCUGGCUCCCUCGCCCGCCCCAGACUCCGCCCUCCACUUCUCCGCGGUCCUGGCGGGCUCACCCCAGAGGGGGCGGCCCGAGCGCCGUCCCGGGCGGAGCUCUGGCCCGGGCGGAGCAGCGCCUGCAGCGUCCAGCGGUAGGACCGACCUCCAGCCUAGCGGACCGCGGCCAGGCGCCGGGCCCCCUCCCCUGCCCACCCCCAGCACUCGUAGCCCCCUCCCGGCGGGUCCCUGCAGCGCGGCCGCACAUGGUGAUGAGUUUCCGGGUGUCUGAGCUUCAGGUGCUUCUUGGCUUUGCUGGCCGCAACAAGAGUGGACGGAAGCACGAACUCCUGGCCAAGGCCCUGCACCUGCUCAAGUCUAGCUGUGCACCUAGUGUCCAGAUGAAGAUCAAGGAGCUCUACAGGCGCCGCUUUCCCCGAAAGACCCUGGGGCCCUCAGACCUCUCCCUCCUCUCCCUGCCCCCUGGGACCCCUCCUGUGGGCUCCCCAGCACCUCUAGCUCCCAUCCCCCCUGCCCUCUUGGGGGCCCCUGCCCCCCUGCUGGGCCCCAAGCGUGAAGCAGACAUGCACCCUGCUCUGCCCCAGCCUGUGCACCCUGAUGUCACCAUGAAACCAUUGCCCUUCUAUGAAAUCUACGGGGAGCUCAUCCGACCCACCACACUCGCAUCCACUACCAGCCAAAGAUUCGAGGAAGCGCACUUUACCUUUGCCCUCACGCCCCAGCAAGUGCAACAGAUUCUCACAUCCAGAGAAGUUCUUCCAGGAGCCAAAUGUGAUUAUACCAUCCAGGUGCAGCUAAGGUUCUGUCUCUGUGAGACCAGCUGCCCCCAAGAGGAUUAUUUCCCUCCCAAUCUCUUUGUCAAGGUCAAUGGGAAACUGUGCCCCUUACCGGGUUACCUUCCUCCUACCAAAAAUGGGGCUGAGCCCAAAAGGCCCAGCCGCCCCAUCAACAUCACAGCCCUCGCUCGACUCUCGGCCACGGUUCCUAAUACCAUUGUGGUCAACUGGUCAUCUGAGUUUGGACGGAACUACUCCUUGUCUGUGUACCUGGUGAGGCAACUCACUGCGGGGACCCUUCUACAGAAACUGAGAGCCAAGGGCAUCCGAAACCCAGACCACUCUCGGGCUCUGAUCAAGGAGAAACUGACCGCUGACCCGGAUAGUGAGGUGGCUACAACAAGUCUCCGGGUGUCACUCAUGUGCCCGCUAGGGAAGAUGCGCCUGACGGUCCCUUGUCGUGCCCUCACCUGUGCCCACCUGCAGAGCUUCGAUGCUGCUCUUUAUCUACAGAUGAAUGAGAAGAAACCCACAUGGACAUGUCCUGUGUGUGACAAGAAGGCUCCCUAUGAAUCUCUUAUCAUUGAUGGUUUAUUCAUGGAGAUUCUUAACUCCUGUUCGGAUUGUGAUGAGAUCCAAUUCAUGGAAGAUGGUUCCUGGUGCCCAAUGAAACCCAAGAAGGAGGCAUCUGAGGUUUGCCCCCCGCCAGGGUAUGGGCUGGAUGGCCUCCAAUACAGCCCAGUCCAAGAGGGCAGUCCGUCAGAGAACAAGAAGAAGGUCGAAGUGAUUGACUUAACAGUAGAAAGCUCCUCAGAUGAGGAGGACCUGCCACCAACCAAGAAGCACUGCCCUGUCCCCUCAGCUGCCCUCCCAGCCCUUCCUGGGAGCAAAGGGGUCUUGACAUCUGGUCACCAGCCCUCUUCGGUGCUACGGAGCCCUGCCAUGAGUACACUGGGCGGGGACUUCCUGUCUAGUCUGCCACUGCAUGAGUACCCACCUGCCUUCCCACUGGGUGCUGAGAUUCAAGGUUUAGACUUAUUUUCUUUCCUUCAGACUGAGAGUCAGCACUAUAGCCCCUCUGUCAUCACCUCACUUGAUGAACAGGAUGCCCUUGGCCACUUCUUCCAGUACCGAGGGACCCCUUCCCACUUCCUGGGCCCGUUAGCCCCCACAUUGGGGAGCUCUCACCGAAGUACCACGCCAGCAUCCCCUCCUGGCCGGAGCUGGAUGCAGUUUGCCUGGGUUUUAGCAUGUUUGCCUGAAGAGUUUCUUCCACCCUCGGCCAGCUCUGUUGGUUGGUGACUGGCUCCUCUUUGGUUACCUGGAGUGAAAUGAAAUUUUCUGAGAGCAUCUUAUAAAGCAUGUCCUUGGCCUCCUUUGCUGGAAUCAUUGCAAAGUCUUCAACUUGCUUCUGCUCCAAGUGUUUCUUUUGCAAAACAAGACGAAAUAUCCUGGCACAGCGAGACCCAAAUCUGGAAGGGAAUUUACUGGGUUAUAGUGUUAGAAAACUCCUGAUUUCUUGAUAGACCCCUGAAUUACAAUGCCUGUUAUUUCUCUGCUGAACUAUUUUUAUUAAUUACUAACAGAUAUGUAUUAUGCCAGACAUGGCAGAAAUUCUUUGAUAUCUCUGUAGUUUUAUCUCCAGCCUCCAUGCUGUUUGGUUAAAAUCAGGGUAAACACAAUAGGUCAAAAGACCUUAGGUUAGCAGCCCUGAAAUAUAUCUGCAUCUUUGGAGGAAGGUUAGGCUUUGCAGAGUAAACAUAGAGUCUGAUAAAGUUAUUAGAAUUGGAGAAAACAAGACUGAUAUAGAGUGGUCUACAUACUAGGAGAGAGAUCAUUCUAUUAUGCAUGCCCUUAAGAUGUUUAUGUAGGGGGCUGGUUGGUGGUGCACCAAGUUAAGUGCACAUAUUAUUAUGCACAAGGAACCAGGUUCAAGCCCCUGUCCCUGUCUGCAGACGGAAAGCUUUAAGAGUAGUGAAGCAGUGCUGCAGGUGUCUUUCUGUCUAACUCUCCCUCCCUUUCAGUUUCUCUGUUGUAUCUAAUAAAAUAAAGUUUAAAAUAAAUUUAAAAAGUCAAUGAAAUAUUUAAAAAAAAGAUGUUUAUGUAUAGCUGUAUGCACACAUACCCAAUAAAUAGAGAGGCAGAGCAGUUAGUGAGAGAGAUUCUAAAGAGUCCAUGGGAGACAUCUGGGUGACAUUUGGCAGAACUUCAUUGAGAGAUGUAUGCUGUGAGUCCAACACUCCAUAUUCCCUCUUUUCUCUCACUACUGAUGGUUAAUGACAUUUAUUUUUCAACCCUGAGACUCGAACGAAACUCUAUUCCUUGGCAUCCAGAGAGUCCCAGAGUGGCUUUUUGAUAUUGUAGGAAAAGUUGUGACACAUUUUUGCAUAGAAAAACAGAAAAAAUAUGUCAGGACUUUUCUGACAAACCAAUAGAAAGUAAAUGCAUGCUUAGCUUCUAUUUGCAGAUGGGUGUGGCCCCAUUUCCCUGUGUGGAGCCAGGACUCAGAGGAACUGACCAGACAGUAGUUAAUCAUAAAGUAGUCACCAAAUACUGACUCACUUGAGGGCCUCAGUUUCCAUAUUUGUAAGCAAAGGUUUAAGGAAGGCUAGUUAACUGUAGUCAUUGGAAAUUAAGCAGCAGGAUUCUGAGGGCAAAGAGUAGAUGGCAUCCACAGCAGUCUAGUGAGAAAACGAGGCAAGACAUGCCUAUAUUGGUUAUUUACAUAACAAACUGCUUGUUCAAACAAGGCAUGGAAAGAAUGACCCCUACUUACCUUUCCUGUACAACAGACUCCAGGGUGGCUGUGGCUAGGGAGGCUAGAGCCUUAUGCAGAUCUUUGUGAAGAAGAUUAAGGUCACUCAAGUCAAAGUUUGGCCUGGUCAUUAUGAUAAAAGUUUUAAUUCCAAGUCUCAAAUGUAUAAAUAAAAUCUAAAUGCUACUGUU